AACAUCUUUGGAAACAUGGCUGUGCAGAGCUGGAUUGAUAUCCUAAGAUUAUCAAAGAAAACGGCUUUGAUACACGAUGGAAAAAGGAAGAUCCACUACCUCUUUACAGAUGGAAAGGAAAUGGCAGAGGAAUAUGACUUAAAAACAGAUGAACUCAUCGUACGGAAGUGGCGUCACAAAAGCACGCUGGGAGCUCAUGGCCAGUGGCAGGUAGAGAUUGGGGAGCCACCUGCCGGCUCUGUCACUUCUUCGGACGCCGAUGUGAUCAAGGAGAACUGCUCCAAUCCUGUGUUCAUGCGUAGAGACACAAAGGCCAGUUUUCAGUGGCGAAUCCGGAACCUCCCCUACCCCAAAGAUGUAUUCAGUGUUUCAGUGGAGGCGUCUGAGAGAUGCAUCAUCAUAAAAACCUCAAACAAGAAGUAUUAUAAGAAGUUUGGCGUUCCUGAUUUAGAUCGCUGUCAGCUGCCAUUGGACAGCUCCGCCCUCAGCUUCACACAUGCCAACAACACUUUGAUCGUCAGCUACAAGAAACCCAAAGAGAUCUUAACCCUUGAGCAGGAGCUGCUGAGGGAGCUGAAGAAACUGAAGGGGACCGGCGAAGGGGACGUCGACUGCAAAACUCAGUGAAUUCCGACUGUGGGAGCGAGAGGAGUCACUCUGCGUUGCAUUUAAAGCAGAAUCUCCCGGCGUUAUUUUUUCCACUCACAUGUGAGCUUCUCGUUCUUUUGUGAAUGCCGUCGUUAAAAAUUUACUCAGUGCCUUGUGCACAGGUUCAAUGCUUUUCAUUAUGUUUACUGAUUAAGUUCUAUUUAUCUGAGUUAUUACUGUUGAAAUAUGUUCUGCCAUUUAUAUUUGACUCACAUGAAAUCUGUAAAAUAGAUCACGCCUUUAGCAGUCAUUCAGAUUUAUAAACUUUGCAUCUGAGCCAUGAGUGUUUUCCCAAAUUAUCUCUUUGACAGUAAAAACCAUUUUACAACUUUUAUAUAAAAAAAAUCUUUAUCGGAAAAUUGAAAUUAUUUCCCAACAGUGUCUAUUUUUAUUCCUUGUUUCAUGAUGUCUGUCUCCCAACAAACCCAGUGGGCUGCAGUUUUGAUGGGGGUCACAUAACCUACCCAGCCUCUUUUCAUUGAUGUCCUUGUAAAACACUCAAAACACACAAUGCCCCAUCCCUGUUCGUUCGGGGGUCAUCGUUACGAGCACAUCCCAUUUGUGUUAACUGAAUACCUUCAUGUUCCUUGCAUGUAGCAGGCCACCCUGAAAGCCAUUACUGAAACUUUGGUGACCGUGCAGGCUUGUGUUACUUUACACCAGAGGGUCACUCUGACUUUGCGGUCUCUAGCUUAAACUGCAGAGACACAGAUGUAAACUGCUGCAGACAGAUCAUUUUCUUCCAAAUGGAUUUGAUUUUGUUGUGAAACUGCGACAAAUAUGAAGUUAGCUUGACACGUCUUUUUGUGUUUGGGGU